UCAUGUGCAUAGAUCUACACGAAUUGCGCGUCGUUUCAUCACCUGAUCACUACCAAUGAGGAACUACAGCGUUUGAUUGUUGAGCAUGCGAUCAUGUGAUUGUAUGUUUUGGUGUAAUGAAGCUAUUUUUAAUUUCACCGAAGGAAACAGGUGUCCUCAUUAAUUGUUUAUGGAGGAAGAGAUGUUGAUGGCUGGGGAGAGUCAUGUUGAUAAUUAAUUCGGUUCUGAAACUGCUGCAGCGGCAGACAUACACCUGUCUGUCUCAUCGCUAUGGACUGUACCUGUGCUUCGGAGGACUAGUCCUCAUGAUAGUGUCUGCUUUUCAGUUUGGAGAGGUUGUGGUAGAGUGGAGUCGAGAUCAGUACCAUGUUUUGUUUGAUUCCUACAGAGAUAAUGUUGCAGGAAAGUCCUUUCAGACCAGGCUUUGCCUACCAAUGCCCAUUGAUGUGGUUUACACCUGGGUAAAUGGCACAGACACAGGCCUGCUGAAGGAUCUUCGUGCUGUGAGACAGCAGUUGGAAGAAGAACAGAAGGCCCUGAGGGAGCGUCUUGGGAAAAAUGCAUCUGAAAUAACUGAAGCUCCUAAGGGAAGGCCAGAAUGUCUGCUGUCCCACUGCAUCAUGGGCCCAGUGCUGGUGUUGGAUCCAUCCCUUCCUGCCAACAUAACGUUGAAGGAGCUGCCAACACUUUCAGCAGCAUUCUCCACUGCUAAACAACUCUUACAGGUGGCCAAACCUCUCCACCCCUCCACAAGCGUGUCUGUUCUUCUCUUCCACUCCCAUAGUGAAGCUGAAAAAGCCCAUACAGAUGCUUUGAAGGAUACUUUGACACACUCCAUCAGCAGAGGUUAUCUGACGACUGAUAAAGAGGCUCCGGGGCUGGUCCGCAUGCAAACUCUAGCCUACUUGAGCGGGUUCCCAGCAUCACUGAAGGAAACUGAGCAGCUCAGGGUCAAACUACCAGCUGUGGUGACCAGUAAAAUCAAACAGUUGCAGCUGUACUCGGAGGCCAGUAUUGCUCUUCUCCACCUAAACACAGCGCAGGAUUUUACUGAACUCACCCAGCAGGCCAAGAAGAACCUGACGCUGGAAGGAAAAGAGCUCACAGUCAGUCCGGCGUACCUGUUCUGGGACCUUAGUGCCAUCUCACAGGUACACGUCACUGCAGUUUCACACACGGAUAAUUUCAACCAACUGCACCGUGUCGUCCUCCGGAGGAACCAGACGCUUUACACCCUGCCUCGGGGAGAGCUCCGACCGUAUUUUAGCUUCUCAGGCCUGGCUAACCGCGUGUUCGAGGCACAGGUUGCAGAUAACCCAGCGCUCCGUCACACUUCUGUCGCCAACAAAUGGAAGACCAUCCACCUGCUGCUGCUGCCCGGACACAAUGCCACCCAGAUCCACUACAACAUCACCUUUCAGGGUGCCGACAACCACGACUUCACCAUGACUUUCUCUGUAGCCGUGGAUACCCGAGAGCUCCCCAAAUCAAACAUAUCCAAUCCGGUGCGGGAGAAAGACGAGGAGCCCAGACCGAACAUAGUGACCCCAGAACCAGUGGUUGAGUUGGAAAAUGUUCCCAAAGAAAAACAAGGCCCGAGAGUUAGAGAGAAAGCCCAUGGCAGUGUAGAGAUUGUGCAGGUGCCUGCAUUAAAUGAAUCUCUUUUGCCUGAGGAAGUGAAGCUUGAGUUAGAGAAACUGAACGAGAAGCUAUCAUUAGGUGACAUCACUAUUAAAGGCUUUAAUUUGACCAAAGCAGUGCUGUUGGGCCCGUACAAAGACAAAGCUAAGCUUUCACUAAACAAUAAAAACUCUGAAAAACAAGACCAGAACAAGCCAGCAAAACACUCGAAUGAAGACCAGAAAUCUCCUUUAAUCAGUCAACAUCAGGCCGAAAGAGCAGCAAGGGUGAAAAGAGCAAAUGAAGAAGAGGAAAGAGAUAAUAAUUCUAAAUUGGAGCCAGCUGUUGCUCCAUCUCUUGUCCCAAUCCAGAUUGAUGGUGUUACGUCGAAGGUUCAAUCAAGAUUGUUCGGCAAAGAGAAACCCCACGCAUCUAAGCUUCUCGGCACCCUGAUGGGAAACAUGUCUAAGGAGAGAGAUUCAGAAAACGAAGUCCACCUCCGCGGGCGGCCAGUGGGUCGUAAACGCCAGUAUUACAUCUCCAGCUUGGACCGGGGUUUCCUUCCAUGGGAGAAGAGGAAGUUCUUUCAGGCUCUGCUGGAGGAAGAGGAGCAUCUACAGAGAGAACUGCAGUAUGCAGCUGAUGGGACCGCCACUGGACGCAGGUUGCGGGACACUUUUGCUGAUUCACUCCGCUAUGUCAACAGACUCUUGAAUGCUCAAUUCGGCUUCACUUCCCGCAAAGUGCCUGCUCACAUGCCUCACAUGAUUGACAGGCUCGUCAUGCAGGAACUACAGGACACCUUCCCUCAGGAGUUUGAUAAGACCUCGUCCCACCGUGUGCGUCACUCAGAGGACAUGCAGUUUGCCUUUUCUUAUUUCUACUUCUUGAUGAGUGCAGUGCAGCAGCUCAAUAUAUCUGAAGUGUUUGACGAAAUUGACACAGACCACUCUGGCGUGCUGUCUGAUCGUGAGAUUCGCACGUUGGCCACACGAAUCCAUGAACUCCCCUUAAGCCUUCAGGAUUUGACCAGUCUGGAGCAGAUGCUUAUAAACUGCUCGAAGACUCUUCCGUCCAACCUUACGCAACUCCAUACUGUCAGCCCAACCCAGGAGGCCUAUUAUGACCCCAGCAUGCCACCCGUCACAAAAGGUUUAGUAAUCCACUGCAAUCCCAUCACAGAGAGGAUCCACAAAGCCUUCAAGGACCAGAAUAAAUACAAAUUUGAAAUUAUGGGCGAAGAGGAGAUCGCCUUUAAGAUGAUACGGACCAACGUCUCUCAUGUAGUGGGGCAGCUUGAUGACAUCAGGAAGAACCCUAGGAAGUUUAUCUGCUUGAAUGACAAUAUUGACCACAGCCAUAAGGAUGCCAGCACAGUCAAAGCUGUACUGAGGGACUUCUAUGAGUCAAUGUUCCCAUUGCCCUCUCAGUUUGAGCUGCCCAGAGAAUACAGAAACCGUUUCCUCCACAUGACAGAGCUGCAGGAGUGGCGAAUAUACAGGGACAAGCUGAAGUUCUGGACCCACUGUGUGCUGGUGACGUUAGUCGUCUUCACUGUCAUAUCGUUCUUUGCUGAGCAGCUGAUCAUGUUGAAACGGCGGAUUUUCCCCAGGCACAGGGUCAGCAAGGAUGCGAACCCAGAGCGGGUGUGAGGUUAUUCCUUUCUCAGAGCUUGUGUCUUGUGAAUUUGAAGUUCCAGAGUCGUACUUCUGUUAAUGCGGUCAGAUAAAAAUACCCAUUUGGAGGUGACUGGAUGAAGUUGAUGGAGAAACUUCCUCCACAAAGGGGCAUUAGUGAGACACGCUGGGGCCCACGAGGCAAGCGAUCACACUCUAGGUUGUGUAUUGAAUGUGAACUGAACUCAAUGGCCCAUAUUGAGUGUGUUGCCAUAUUACCUUGCGUGUCUGAAUUGUAAUUAUUUGAAAUAGGAUUUUUAAUUUAUAAGGGAAUGUCAAGGGUAAAGAUACUACCCGUUAAGGGUUGUUGUUCUUCUUUCUCUUGUUCUCUUUGUCCUGUCUUUCCUUCCUCAUCCUUUCAGUGCCUUUCUUUACCACAUGAACGAAAGCGGUGGACUCAGAUGCAUGGCUGGAACUUUCUGCCUUGCGUUUGGCUUUUUGCAUUUGUCUGAAUUUGUCUUUCACGCUUGCUUACUCCAAAGUGGCACAGAAUCUCCGGGAGCAUUUUUACAGCCGAAUAGCAAUCGUGAUACUUGGAAAUUUUAGCAAGGAUCAUCAAAAAUGAGCCAUUUCCUUCUCUUUCUCUUUUUUUAAAUGCAUGUCGUUUUUGCUUGAAAUCCUUCACGUGAUUGUCUCUUAGUGGGACAUUAAAUACUGACUUUGUCUGAAAUUCAGAUGCCACCGCCUGUGGCCCUGGUGUGUAUUAAUUAACUCCUCACCUUCACUUGUCUUUUAAAGGGAAUCGUUCUUGGCUUGCUCAAACGCUAUGACUACUGACCCCAAACCUCUGCAGGGCAUACAUGCCUUAUAAAACAGGCUUGAGUUUAGGAAACGUGAUGAAUGAUAAUGCUGUUCUGAGAUGAAUUUCCCUGUUUACUUUUAUUUAUUAUAUUAGAAAAGACAUAAUUGUAAUGUACAAGCAUAUCUUUGUUUUAUUUUGGAAAUGUAUGUUGCUAAAAUUCUCUCAAAGUACACUUAUUUUAGGUCUCUUUAUUUUAGGACACUUUUCCACUUUUGUGUCAAAUGUAAAUUAAACCAGGUGCCUAAUUUGAUAAUGAAAUAAGAACAUAAUCUGAACGCUGAUGCGUAAUGAAACAGCCAAAUAUGUUAAUUAAAAAUAUUUACUGCAUUGAUAUGCCUUGUUGUUGUUUUGAACUGGGUUAAUGUCAUUGGUCAAGCAAAUGUUGCUGCUCCUGUUGAGUCACAUUUUUAGCUGUUAUGUGUAUUUGAUUCUUGCUUCAGAAGGAGGAAAUGUACAAAGUAUGAAGACCCCAAAACACAUAAGAACCGGAAUUUAGACAGUGCUAUAUUCAAAUCACACAAAAUUUAUUGUUUUUAUUAGCCCUUUGGAAGGAGAUGAUUCUAAGCAGACAGAGAGUGCAUCAUAAAACGGGCACAGAAGGUCAACACCCCCCAAAAUCCCUCAAAACAGAGCUAAAGGCAAUGUUCAAAAACUCUGUUUGUGCUCAGUUCAAGCUCUAGGAAGUGAAACACACAACCAGGAAGACUGAGCAGACUGCAAUUGGGUGACUGGGGAGGGGGGUGGAGAGAUGAGUCUGUUUUUAGCGCAUAGCCACAAUCCUUGACAAUUAAGUUCUUUCAAUUAUUAUUUUUGUUUUAAACAGGCUUGACUUAAUUUCACACUAAAUUCAGUCAGAUUAUUCAAAUAAAUACAUACACCGUAAUCACUGGACAAUCACAAAACGUUUUCUUUUACUUCAAGCUACAAUGGCUGUUUGGGCAGUUUUCUUUUCUGGAGCUUAUUUUCUUCUAUAAAGUGUCACAUGAUCUACAAAUAGCUGCUUUUUUAACAACAGUAAAAAUUCUGCAUGGUAAAAAAGGUUCUGUGGUGUAAACUAUUUUUGGCAGUUUUGGCGACUAUAUCAGCCCUUAAAACCGAGAAAUAUGUUUGUAAUACUUGCGUCUGUUGUAUUUAUCAAGAUCAGACCUAUAAAAAUGGGCCUAAAUUAAAUAAUGGUUAUUUCAAUGUCGAAAAUGGACUUUGGUU